GCGAUUCACCGCCAAACAGUCAUAGCAAGAAUCCAAUCUACCAGACCGUCAAGCAUUCACCCCAGUCAACAACCUCCAAGCCCUGCCAUUCGAACAGCGUGAUCAGAGAGAUACAAGGAAGUGCGAGUGAUGUCAUCACCACCCCUUACACGUCAAGAUCCACAUGAGAAGGAGAGACAGGAGAAGAGACGGCAGGAGGAUGAGUUGAGGAAUAAUGGAUAUGCUGGGAAGCCGCGGUUGGGGCAGUAUGCUAUACUCGAAACGCUCGGUGAAGGGUCUUUCGGUAAAGUCAAACUUGCGAUUCAUGUCCAUACACACCAGAAAGUUGCGUUGAAGAUCAUUAACCGCAAGACGCUCGCGAAUUCGGAUAUGGCUGGGCGCGUGGAGAGGGAGAUCCAGUAUCUGAAGUUGCUGAGGCAUCCGCAUAUCAUCAAGUUGUAUGAGGUUAUCACAACGCCUACGGAUAUCUUCAUGGUCAUUGAGUAUGCUGGUGGGGAGCUGUUCGACUACAUCGUCAACCGCGGAAAGAUGCCCGAAGACGACGCCCGCCGCUUCUUCCAACAAAUGAUCUCCGCAGUCGACUACUGCCACCGUCACAAAAUCGUUCACCGUGACCUCAAACCCGAAAACCUCCUCCUCGACGACGACCUCAACGUCAAAAUCGCAGAUUUCGGUCUUUCAAAUCUCAUGACCGACGGAGACUUCCUGAAAACGAGCUGCGGUAGUCCGAAUUAUGCUGCACCUGAGGUUAUAUCGGGAAAAUUGUAUGCGGGGCCGGAGGUUGAUGUUUGGAGUUGUGGUGUGAUUUUGUAUGUUAUGCUUUGUGGACGGUUGCCGUUUGAUGAUGAGUAUAUUCCGACGUUGUUUAAGAAGAUUUCUGGUGGUAUCUAUACACUCCCAAGUCACUUGUCACCGGGUGCGAAGUCCCUUCUGUCGAAAAUGUUGGUGGUUGAUCCCAUCCAGCGUAUCACCAUCACCGAAAUCAUCGAAAACAAAUGGUUCCGCCACGACCUCGAAGACUACCUCUUCCCUGAGUACGGCAUCGACAACGUCCCCAUCGACGACUCCAUCGUCCACCAACUUUCCAAAACGAUGGGCUACGAACUCGACGACGUUUACGAAGUUCUACGCACGAAGGUCGCGACGCGGGAUGCCCUUGAGAUCCGGAAUGCGUACAAGAUGGUGUUGGAGGGGGAGAUGCUGAAGAAUGAUCCGAGGUUUAAGGGGGUCACGCAGAGGAAUAAGAGUUUCAUGAGUGAGAGUCCGCCGCCAUGGACUGUGCAGGAUAAUAAGCAUAACAGUAUGCUGCCGGAUCAGCGGCUCCGUCAGAAGGCUUUGCUAUCUGGACGUCGGAAUCCGUUGGCUGGUGCGAAUGCGUUGGCGCCGUUGACGUUUUCUGCAUCGGCGAGUUCUGCGGCUGAUGUGGGCGAUUUGCCAAAGUCGACGAUCUCGAUCUUGCCGUCAAGUUUACCGCAGUAUCAUGAUGCACUCAUGACCAAGCUUCGAGAAGAGAAGGGAGAUACGGAUCCGUACGUUCCGCCUCAACUGAAGAAAUCUCGGCCUACGCGCUGGCAUUUCGGCAUUAGGAGCCGGAGUCCGCCGUUGGAGGUCAUGCAUGAGAUUUACCGUGCGUUGAAGAACUUGGGUGCGGAAUGGAGGGAUGAGGAGAAAGAGCGUGGUGGAGGUCAUGAGCGCCAGACGAGUGCGAAGUCUCAGACGGAGAAGGAUGGAAAUGGGGAGGGAGGGGAAGAGGAAGGUGGUGAGGAAGAGGGAUAUUUCCCUCCACCUCUCGAUCCAUUCAAGAUCAAGUGCCGGUGGAGGAAGUGUGCGGAUGCGGAGAGUGAUGAAGAUGAUGUCAUGGUGUUCAUGGAGAUACAGCUGUACCAACUCGAACCACUGAAUUAUCUGGUGGAUUUCAAGUGUAAUGGGUAUGCGAAUUGUCCUCGACUCGGAAAGGAAGGUCAGGUGGGAGGAGAGGAAUUGGAGAUCAAGAGUCAGAGGAGGACGGAUAAGGAGGUUACGAGUGUUUUCCCGUUUUUGGAGUUGAGUAAUCGCUUGAUUACGGAGUUAGCUGUUGGUGGGUGA